CCCCAAUUUCCUUCCUCCUCGCCUCGCCUCGUUUUUGUCCCGGAGGAGCUCGCCUCCGCCGCCUCCGGAUCGGAUUUUCCAGGGGUUUCCCCGCCCGGCGACCAGGAUCAUCGGGGCUGGGGUCGCCAUGGGGGAGGUGUUCGAGGGCUACGAGCGCCAGUACUGCGAGAUCUCCGCCUCCCUCGCCCGCAAGUGCACCGCUGCCUCCGCUCUCCAAGGAGAGAAGCUGAAGCAGAAGGCGUCGGAGAUCAAGUCCGGCAUCGACGGGGCCGAGGGAUUGAUAAGGAAUAUGGAUCUUGAAGCAAGGAACCAACAGCCGAGCGUGAGGGCUGGGCUGCUGGCAAAACUGAGGGAGUACAAGUCAGAUCUUAACAACCUGAAAGGAGCGUUGAAGAGGGUCACCACAGGUAAUACCCAACAAGGGUCGAGGGAAGAGUUGCUGGAGUCAGGAAUGGCUGAAACGUUGGGGGUAUCUGCUGAUCAAAAGUCAAGAUUGCUCAGGACAACUGAAAAGCAAAAUCAAACAACUGAUAGGAUCAGAGAUAGCCACAGAACCAUGCUGGAGACUGAAGAUCUUGGAGUCUCCCUCUUGCAGGACCUGCAUCAACAGCGUCAGCGUCUAAUACACGCUCAUGAUACAUUGGACAAUGUGGACGACAACAUUGGAAAGAGCAGAAGGAUCAUGGGGGCCAUGGUGAGGAGGAUGGACAGGAACAAGUGGAUCAUAGGUUUCAUUAUUACCCUCCUCGUCUUGGCGAUCCUAGUAAUCCUGUAUUUCAAGUUUGUGCAUUGAGGGAGUCCAAGGACCGGGGAUGAAGGUUGUGUGUGUUUUUGCAUUUCUCACUCUUGUACUCUUGUUCUGUUUUGGGGUUGGAUGAAUCUUUGUUGUGGUUAUGGACCUAUGGUGAAUGCUUUGGUUAUGUAAAGAAAAAAAGAAGAAUGAGUACUGAGUUUCAUACUUCUAUAUGAAAUGAAUAUCUUUUUAUCCCAGACAUAAAGAAAUGACUAGUCUCGUGCAUCA